AUGCCCCCGCACAAAAUCUUCCUCAUCCCCGAAAUCCUCGAACAAAUCCUACUCCAAACGGCCCCCCAAACCCUCUUAACAUCCGCCCAACGCACCUCCCAAGCCUGGCAUAACUUAAUAACAACCUCCCCCAAGCUCCAAGAAACCCUCUUCUUUAGACCCGAACAACCCCCAACCCUAAACAACAAAACCCACCGCACCCUAAACCCCCUCCUAGCCCCCAAAAUCUGGCCUCACCUCUUCCGCAAACGCCUUAACUCCCAGACAACAACAACAACAACAACCACAAACUACGGCUACAGCCUCCCCGCCGUCGACCCCCUCGAAGAGGAACUCUACCUCCGACCAGGAGCCAGCUGGCGUCGCAUGCUCGUGCAACAACCGCCGACCUCGUCUAUCAGUGUCUUUGUCAUGCAUCGCUCGUGGAUUUCCUGUGAUGAAGAUAUAUCUCCGGUGAAGGUCUUCACGGCGGAUGUGGAGUUUCUGACGUUGGAACAUCUACAUUGGUCCGCUGUUGUGGGGUGUUUGAUGCCGCUGGAGAGGGUGGGUUGUUUUUGGGAUUUUGCUGAUUACCAUAAGGUGAAGGAUGUGGAGUGGAGGAGGGAGAUGGAUUUGGCGAUGGAGAGGUUUGGGGAUGUUUGUGAUGUUGUGGUUUUUACAAGCGGGAAUUGGGAUCUUUGGAGGGUUUUGAGUGGGGUUGUGGAUUGUUGA